CAAGCGCCAGAGCUGAGGAGAUAGAUUCUGAAAAGCUCGAUUCGAAGUAGCAGAGAGAGAGAGAGAGACAGCCAUAACUAUGAUCUCGCAGUUCUUCGUGCUUUCCCAGCGAGGCGAUAACAUCGUUUUUCGCGACUAUCGAGGUGAAGUAAAGAAAGAAACGGCGGAGAUAUUCUUCCGCAAAGUGAAGUUUUGGAAAGAGGAUGGCCAAGAGGAGGCUCCACCUGUCUUUAACGUGGAUGGUGUCAACUACUUUCACGUGAAGGUUGUGGGAUUAUUGUUUGUUGCAACCACAAGAGUUAAUGUUUCCCCAUCUCUUGUCUUGGAGCUUUUACAAAGAAUUGCCCGUGUCAUCAAAGAUUAUGUCGGGGUUCUCAAUGAAGAUUCAUUACGAAGAAACUUUGUACUUGUCUAUGAGUUGCUCGAUGAAGUCAUUGAUUUUGGCUAUGUCCAAACGACAUCAACUGAAGUGUUGAAGUCCUAUAUAUUCAAUGAGCCAAUUAUUGUUGAUGCUUCCCAUUUGUCUCCUCUUGGUCCUGCUGGCCUUUUUAUGCAAGGAACCAAAAGAAUGCCAGGGACUGCUGUCACAAAGUCUGUUGUUGCAAAUGAUCCUGGGGGUAGAAAAAGAGAGGAAAUAUUUGUGGACAUAAUUGAGAAGAUCAGCAUCACUUUUAGCUCUAGUGGAUAUAUACUGACAUCUGAGAUUGAUGGCACGAUUCAAAUGAAAAGCUAUCUUACUGGAAACCCAGAAAUCCGAUUAGCACUUAAUGAUGACCUGAACAUAGGAAGAGGCGGGAGAUCAGUAUAUGACUAUAGUAGCUCACUUGGCUCAGGCUCUGUGAUACUCGAUGACUGUAAUUUUCAUGAAUCCGUGCGUCUUGAUAGUUUUGAGGUAGACAAAACCUUAACGCUGGUUCCUCCAGAUGGUGAGUUUCCUGUCAUGAAUUAUCGUAUGACCCAGGAAUUCAAGCCUCCUUUUCGUGUUAAUGCUUUGAUUGAAGAAGCAGGAGCCCUUAAGGCUGAAGUGAUUCUAAAAGUAUAUGCCGAGUUUCCCUCUAGCAUUACAGCAAACUCAAUUGUCGUGCAAAUGCCACUUCCUAAAUAUACUAUGAGAGCUAGUUUUGAGUUGGAACCUGGAGCUGUUGGACAAACAACAGAUUUCAAGGAAGCAAAUAAGAGACUUGAAUGGAGCUUAAAGAAGAUUGUUGGAGGAUCUGAACAUACGCUGCGAGCAAGGCUAACAUUUUCACAAGAAUCACAUGGUAACAUAACAAAAGAAUCAGGUCCCGUCAGCAUGACAUUUACAAUACCAAUGUAUAAUGCCUCAAAGCUUCAGGUGAAAUACUUACAGAUAGCAAAGAAAUCUGGAACUUAUAAUCCAUACAGGUGGGUGAGAUAUGUUACUCUGUCCAAUUCCUAUGUUGCUCGUUUGUAAAAUGGUCAAAGCUUCACCUAUUUGCCCUGCUUUUCUGAUGACUUUCGCUACAUCACCUAUGAUGAUUGAAUUGUAUUUUUGAUUAAUUAUUUUGGCCAUUUGUAGUUGCUUUCCGUUAGCAUUUUGGUCAACUCCUGCGGGAGUAGACUCAUUCUUUUUUGUUUUUUUUUUUGGUAUCCUACUGAAGGAAACUCUCUCACAAAAAAA